UGAUUAGCAUUCUUACAAAUUUAAUUUGGCACAGAAUCGUGUUCUUUCAAUACCUCCAGGUAGAAGUAUCUAGUCAUCCUAGUAAGCAUAUAAACUACCCAUCGUUAACUCAAGGUAUAAAAGUGUGAACUCUGAAUAAGAUUGCAUUAUGAGAAAGCUGAAAUUAAUCACAUUUGACGCAUUCGGUACAAUUUUACAGUUGGCAAAGCCUGUGCCAUUUGUUUAUUAUGAGAUGGCACGAAAGUAUGGAAUAUCAGUGUCUCUGGAGCAAGUUAAAAGGAACAGCGAUCAUGCUUUCCAAGAAAUGAGUAAGAUGCAUAAAAAACAAGGGCUCAAUGAUGGAUUAAAUCCUCGUGAAUGGUGGUUUAAGGUUAUUAAGAAUUCAUUCCCGUGUCCGAUCCCUAAUAUGAUGGCAGAGGAUUUGUGGAAUCACUACUCUACAAAAUCAGCAUAUCAUAUUCAUCCACUGUUUGAGGGGUUUUUGAGAAGAAACGCCCAAGAAAAGGGUUAUGUAGUUGGCAUCAUUUCAAAUACAGAUGAUCGUAUUUAUUCUGUGUUUAAAAGCUGUGGGUUUGCUGAUUUAAUUAAUGUUUAUGCAUUCUCUUAUGACAUUGGAUGUCAGAAACCAGAGAAAGGCAUAUUUGAAUAUGUCAGAAACAAGACCGGUCAACUAACUGGAGAAUAUCCAGCUCCUAAGGAAUGUCUUCACUUUGGAGAUGAUCUUAUAAAGGACGUUGAAGCUGCUAAGAAUGUGGGAUGGCAUGGAGAGUUUUGUAAUAUACAUACCAACUUUCCUAAAAUCAUUCAUGGCUUAGAGCAUUCCUUGGAAUAAGCAACAAGCAUCAAAGCUUACGCUUUAUAAUUCCUUAUACUAAAUGAAGAAUCCGAAAUAUUUGACGAAAUAUAAAUCGAUGUACAAUCGACGAUGAAUCAAGUCUACUUCCACUUACUCGAACGCUCAAAUCCAUCCAAGGAGAGCCUUUAUUUCCAUUUUCUAUUUAAUUCUUUCUUUGGCUAUCAGACGGAAGCCUUCUGUCCUUUAUGAUACAGCUCCCUAUGGAUAUUAUCUCCCGUCCUCAACAGGUUUUGUUUGAAUGCACAGCCCUUUUAUUCAAUUCCGUAGUUUCUUUUCAGAAAAUGGUUUCGCAUGCUAUACUACAUAUGAUUUAUAAAGUCAAGGAUUAUAUGUUGUAUCAGUGAUCUAUGUUAUAGUGAAGAAACCAACAGCAAACGGUUUCACCAUUUUUAAAAGGUAAAUUAUUUGAUUGAAUUAUAGAAAAGAAAUGAAUGAACUCGAAACACGAUACGAAACAACAAAAUACAUUCAUUUCCUUCUUGUUUCCUAUUUGUUUACAUUUAUAUAACGCAUCCUUGCGUAAUCCAGUUUCCCAUAUAAUGACUUGCAAUGAAACAACUGUGACUUGUUUUGAUGGUAAAUAUAAAUGAGUAUAUA